UCUUUCUUUCUCUCUCUCGUUUCCAUCUCUGUUCAUCAGUCCCUCUUUCUCUCUCAUAAAUUCUUUGGCUAUAUAAAUACUCGUAUUGGUCAUAAUCGGGCCUUGUUUCGUCUCCUUCCUGUACCUUUUUUCUCUCGGAGAUUGAUAUAGAUAGAUAGAGAGAGAGAGGGGAGAGAAAGAGUGGAGAGGUGGUGGGGGAGGACAGAGAGGGAAGGGCAGUGAUAUUAAGCUCAGAGUGCUGUAUGUCAGAGGAUUGCAUUGAGACCUAUUGCGGUGGAUUUGGAGAGCUCGUUAAUCCCUUGCAAUGGCCUCAGCUUCGCAAAAAGCGACGCGUUCUACUUCUUGCUUUCUCAACGGCUGUUCCGCUUCGUCUUCGCCGUCUUCUUCUUCCUCCUCCAUUUCCCGGGAGCACACUGCAUCGGCACCGGCGGCUCCGGUAUCCGCAUCAGCUUCCGCCAAUGCCGCGCUAGAUUGGAGCGUCGCCUCCACCGAUCGUCGCGACGAUCAGCUCGGCAAGAAGGUUGCCAUGGCGUCCAUGAUCCGCGCCGUCGAUUCGCUUCCAGAACCUUCCGCUAAUGCCUCUUCCAAAGUGAUCCCAACCAUGCUGAGGGCUCAAACAAGUCAUCCUUUGGAUCCUUUAUCUGCCACUGAGAUCUCUGUGGCAGUUGCUACUGUCAGGGCUGCUGGAGCCACACCUGAGGUCAGAGAUAGCAUGCGUUUCAUAGAAGUGGUUUUGUUUGAACCAAAUAAAAAUGUGGUUGCUCUUGCAGAUGCAUAUUUCUUCCCACCUUUCCUACCAUCUUUGGUUCCAAAAACCAAAGGUGGGCCCGUAAUUCCUACCAAGCUCCCUCCAAGGCGAGCUAGACUUAUUGUCUAUAACAAAAAAUCAAAUGAGACAAGUGUAUGGAUUGUCGAGUUAUCAGAAGUACAUGCUGUAACCCGUGGUGGGCAUCACAGGGGAAAAGUAAUUUCAUCACAAGUUGUUCCAGAUGUUCAGCCUCCAAUGGAUGCUGUGGAAUAUGCUGAAUGCGAAGCUGUUGUGAAGGACUUCGCCCCAUUUAGAGAGGCAAUGAAGAGGAGGGGUAUUGAAGACAUGGAUCUUGUGAUGGUUGAUCCAUGGUGUGUUGGUUAUCACAGUGAAGCCGAUGCUCCCAGCCGAAGACUUGCCAAACCACUUAUAUUCUGUAGAACUGAGAGUGACUGCCCUAUGGAAAAUGGAUAUGCACGCCCAGUUGAGGGCAUCUAUGUACUUGUUGAUAUGCAAAACAUGGUGGUGAUUGAGUUUGAAGACCGUAAAUUUGUGCCCCUUCCUCCAGCUGAUCCACUGAGGAACUAUACUGCUGGUGAAACCAGAGGUGGUGUUGAUCGAAGUGAUGUAAAGCCUUUACAAAUUAUCCAGCCUGAAGGUCCAAGCUUUCGUGUUAAUGGCUACUUUGUAGAAUGGCAGAAGUGGAGCUUCCGCAUUGGUUUCACUCCUAGAGAGGGCUUGGUUAUAUAUUCUGUUGCAUACGUUGAUGGUAGUCGAGGUCGAAGGCCUGUGGCCCACAGGUUGAGUUUUGUGGAGAUGGUUGUUCCUUAUGGAGAUCCCAAUGCUCCGCAUUACAGAAAAAAUGCCUUUGAUGCAGGGGAAGAUGGCCUUGGAAAAAAUGCACACUCUCUUAAGAAGGGAUGUGAUUGUUUGGGAUAUAUCAAAUACUUUGAUGCCCACUUUACCAACUUCACUGGAGGUGUUGAAACGAUUGAAAAUUGUGUAUGUUUGCAUGAAGAGGACCAUGGAAUUCUAUGGAAGCAUCAAGAUUGGAGAACAGGCUUAGCAGAAGUUCGAAGGUCUAGACGGCUAUCGGUGUCUUUUAUAUGUACUGUGGCAAAUUACGAGUAUGGAUUCUUCUGGCACUUUUAUCAGGAUGGAAAAAUUGAAGCUGAAGUUAAACUUACAGGAAUUCUCAGCUUAGGAGCAUUGCAGUCUGGAGAAUUCCGAAAGUAUGGUACAAUGAUAGCACCAGGUUUAUAUGCACCGGUUCAUCAGCAUUUUUUUGUUGCUCGUAUGGACAUGGCUGUCGAUUGCAAACCCGGUGAAGCUUUCAACCAGGUUGUAGAGGUGAAUGUCAAAGUUGAGGAACCUGGAGAGAACAAUGUUCACAAUAAUGCAUUCUAUGCUGAAGAGAGACUGCUCAAAUCUGAGAUGGAAGCAAUGCGUGAUUGUGAUCCUUACACUGCUCGCCAUUGGAUUGUAAGGAAUACAAGAACUGUCAAUCGCACUGGACAGUUAACAGGCUACAAACUCGUACCUGGUUCGAACUGUUUGCCAUUAGCUGGUUCAGAGGCUAAAUUUUUGAGAAGAGCCGCUUUCUUGAAGCAUAAUCUUUGGGUUACACAAUAUGCCCAUGAUGAAAUGUUUCCUGGAGGAGAGUUCCCCAAUCAAAAUCCACGUGUUGAUGAAGGAUUGGCUACAUGGGUUAAGCAGAAUCGAUCUCUGGAAGAAACAGAUAUAGUUCUUUGGUAUGUAUUUGGAGUCACACACGUCCCUCGGUUGGAAGACUGGCCGGUUAUGCCGGUGGAGCGAAUCGGUUUUAUGCUUACGCCUCAUGGUUUCUUCAACUGCUCUCCUGCAGUGGAUGUUCCUCCCAAUGCCUGUGAAUUGGAUGCCAAAGACAAUGAGGUCAAGGAGAAUGAGGUAGCCAAGCCAAUUCAGCCUGCAUUGCUGGCAAAAAUGUGAAGAGAUACUGCUUUCCAAGUGAACUUGUCUUACGAGGUAACUGAAAGAUUCCAUUAUGGUGCUUCCCUCCUCCCUGUCCAAUCUUACCUUUUAAGCGACACGAGCUAUGCACUACUUCAGUCUCUGCAAAUGGAACGUUAUUUUGGUUGUGAUUUGAAUUCCUGCAAGUAUUUCAUGGUUAUGGAUUUGGAUGUUUACAAAUUUCAUUAGAUUGGAAAUCUUUCUUGUAUUAAGUCCUGAUUGUGUUUUGUACUGCUAUCAGUAUUCUUGACAUUUAUUUCGGGAAGACGUUCCUUUUAACUUCAUUGGAUAACCUUGCUUAAAACUCUUGUACUAGUUUGAAAACAGAUUGUCAAAAGGAACCGCGGAGAUGUUUUGUUUCCUU